AUGAAUAAAUCAUAAUACUUUUGUGAAAAGAUAACUAAAAUUGGAUCAGGAAAUUUAACUAUCAUUUUUAAAUGUAAUACUAUUCUUGAAUAAUCCAUAAAUGCAAUAAAAAGACAAAUGCAUCACCUUAACAAUACUUAGAAAUCGAAUCAAAGCCAAAAGAUGACUACAUUUUUGAAAAGUUAUUUCUUAAAAGUGAUUAAUUAUUCAGUUUUAUAAUUGCUGGAUAGAAUAGAAUUAGUUUUUAUUAAAUGUAGAAUACUCUGA